AACCAACCCAUGCAGUUCCUGUACUUCUGUCUUUCUUAAUGUUCUCAGUUUGUAGGCACGACCACGUGUAGAUUAGUACGUUUUAAUUCACUGCAUUGUAACCGUUUGAGAUUCAAAGAAACACCAUAAAUAUGGUGAAACUAGUAAAGGCAGCUAAAAAGCAGGCAGCCACACCGAAAAAGAAGGCUCCACCACCUCCCAAAGAAGUUGAGGAGUCUAGUGAAGAAGACAGUGAAGAUGAAGAAGAGACACCACCACCUAAAGUUGUAAAAAAGGCAGCCCCAGUUAAGGCAUCAGUAAAAAAUGGCAAGGCUGCUGCUAAGGAAGAAAGUAGCAGCGAAGAUGACGAUUCAGAAGAAGAAACGCCUCCUAAAAAAGCAGCCACACCUGCCAAAGUGCCAGCUGGUAAAAAAGCCAAGAAGGCUGAGGAGUCUGAUGAGGAGGAUGAAUCUGAGGAAGAAGCACCACCCCCUAAGAAGACAGCCACCCCUAAGAAGCCUGCAGCUAAAGCAGAAGAAUCUGAUGAUGAUGAUGAUUCAGAGGAAGAAGCACCCCCACCCAAGAAGACUCCCGCUAAAGCUACACCAGUGAAGCCAGCAGCUCCAGCCAAGAAAGCAGAAGAGUCUGAUGAUGAUGAGGAGGAUGACGAUGAUGAAUCAGAGGAAGAAGCCCCACCAGCUAAAAAGGCAGCUCCUGCCAAGGCUGCUGCCAAGGCAGCCCCUGCUAAGGAAGAGUCCGAAGAUGAUGAUGAUGAUUCAGACGAGGAGGAAGAAAUGGACACGACCCCUGCAGCGCCAGCAAAGAAAGCGGGUAUGGUGAAGGCUAAGGAGGAGUCUGAGGAGGAGGACGACGAUGAUGAUGAUGAUGACGACGAGGAGGAGGAGGAUGAUGACGACGAUGAAGCUGCUGCACCUGCCAAGAGGAAAGCUGCAGCCAAGAAAGAUACCCCACCGGCUAAAAAGGCCAAAUCUGAGGAAGGAGAAGGUUUUAAACUGUUUGUUGGCAAUUUGAACUCCAAUAAAGACUAUGAUGAACUCAAGGAAGCCAUGACCAAGUUCUUCGCUAAAGGCGGUCUUGAGAUUCAGGAUGUGCGUCUUGGUGGAUCAAAGAAAUUUGGCUAUGUUGACUUUGCUACAGAGGAAGAAUUGCAGAAAGCAAUGGAGCUUAAUGGUAAAAAACUACUGGGCAUGGAAGUGAAGCUGGACCGGGCUAAGAGCAAAGAGAACUCCCAGGGAGACAAGAAAGAGAGAGAUUCAAGGACGCUGUUUGUGAAAAACCUUUCAUAUGGGUGCUCGCAAGAAGACUUGAAGGAAGUGUUCGACCAGGCAGUUGACAUUAGGAUACCCAAAGGCCAGAAUGGACAAAACAGAGGCAUUGCCUUCAUCGAGUUCAAGUCAGAGGCCAUCGCUGAAAAAGUGAUGGAGGAAGCCCAAGGCUCAGAAGUCCAAGGCCGCUCCAUUAUGCUCGACUUCAUCGGCGACAAGAGUAAGCAAGGCGGCAAAGCACAACAAGGUGGUGGUGGUUCUGCAUCUGCCGGCAAAACUCUUGUAGUCAAUAACCUGGCCUACAGUGCAACAGAGGAGACUCUUCAGAGUGUAUUUGAAAAGGCAGUUUCUAUCAGAGUACCACAGAACAACGGAAGAGCUAAAGGAUUUGCUUUCGUGGAAUUUGAGGGCGAAGAUGAAGCAAAAGAGGCAAUGGACACCUUGAACAACACAGAGGUGGAGGGGAGGACCAUUAGAUUAGAAUUCAGUCAGCAAAGCAGAACAAAGCCAGAGUUUGGCAAAGGCGGUCCCACAAAGACCCUUAUUGUGAAAGGUCUGUCAGAGGACACGACAGAAGAGUCGUUGAUGGAGUCCUUUGAGGGAGCAGUCACAGCAAGAGUUGUCACAGACCGCGAUACGGGAUCAUCGAAGGGAUUUGGAUUUGUUGAUUUUGAAUCUGAAGAUGAUUGCAAAGCUGCCAAGGAAGCCAUGGACAGUGGUGAAAUUGACGGCACUAAGGUGACUCUGGACUACGCCAGGCCCAAGGGCGAGGGAGGCUUCGGUGGGCGAGGAGGCGGCGGCAGAGGAGGUGGAAGAGGAUUCGGAGGACGAGGGGGAGGAAGAGGAUUCGGAGGAGGACGAGGUGGAGGAAGAGGUUUUGGAGGAGGACGAGGAGGCGGAGGAGGAAGAGGUUUUGGAGGACGAGGAGGAGGUGGAAGAGGUGGUGGUGGAGGAUUCGGAAAGCCACAGGGAAAGAAGACUACAUUUGAUGAUUAAGCAUCAAAGUCCUUUUUUUAUGUUUUUGUCAGUUUUGAAUGGACUCUGUUUUCAUCACCACAUUUAUGCUGACGGAGCCUUUUGGACAUUCCAAGAAGUGUCAUCUGUUGAACUGUAAUGGCCCAAUAUUCACCCAGACACCCAUCCUACCCCCUCUCCCCUUUCUGAGUAGAGAAUGAAUUCAGAAAAGCCCUCCACCCUGUGCAUCGUCUUGCUGUACGAUAAUCUUUUUUCCCUUUUCUUUUUUUCUUAAGUCAGUUUUUAUUUUGUGUUAUACCUUUAGUUAUUAUUUUACUUGUAAAUGUGCAAAACAUAUUGAGAAUUAAAUUAGCCCAGUUUGUUUUGGGCAUUUAGAAUCUGGAAAAAUGUGUAAUGUCAUGUUUUUGUGUUGAAAUAAUUAUGAGGUGGUACAGUUGUUUUGUUUCCUCCAAGGCACUUGGAGGAAGGUAUUUUGCUAGUGGUUUGUGUAGCCUAUUGGCUAAUCUUUAAGUAAACUAAAAGAUUUUCACAAAUGUAAAACUUAAAUAAAAACUAAAGUUAUGAUUUUUA